AUGGGUUGGUUCAGCGACGACUCUCCUCAAAGCGGCAGCUACGACCAAUGGCAGAAUUCGAACCCAAGAGAGCACGAGGCCAGUUUCGCCCACGAGUUAAUUGCCGGUGCCGCAUCCUACGAAGCUGCCAAGGCUUAUGAAGACCACGUUGCGCGAAACGGCCAACCCCCAAGCCACGAGAAAGCCAAGGAGAUCCUAGCUGGAUUCGCCGGCGCCUUCAUCGAUCGCGAAGUCGAAACCAAGGGUCUGGAUUUCAUUGACCGGGAGAAGGCUAAGCGUCAAGCUCGUGAGCACUUUGACAGUGUUCCUGGCAACCAAGUUGGAUAUUAA